AAGUAUUAGCUCUUAAUGGCGACUCGGGUUUGAUAGGGCUUAAUUACUGGAGAUUGUCGGAGUUUGUCCACUGUGUAUGAGUUUGUAUCCCAAGAAAGUGCUUCACAUAUAGCGAUUUCAUAGCCUGGCGUUAUUCAGUCACGAAGGAGGUCUGAGCCGCCUGUUUUUCAAACAGAGGAGAAAAACUUGUCGAGUUUUCCUCACACGAUGCAGAACUCUCCCUUUGAAGGUAACGGGUAUCAGACAGGACUAUACGGAUCAUCGCCCGGGUAUGAUGCGGGUACCAUUAAGCUGCAUCAUGGACACUAUCCCGAGACGGAGUCGUGUUAUGGAAAUUACAUGAACACCCCCAACACGUCGCCAAACUUUCUUCCCCGAGAGCCUCCUACAUAUGCAGAAUCGACUUUCUUUCAUUCCGGAUUCGUGCCAAAUUCCAGUCCGUCUUAUUACAAAGUCCCGAGCCGUCAGGUGGAUUUGAAUGGGUAUGACAUACAGAGAAAUGACCAGGUGUUGAUAAAACCCGAACUCCCGAUCGGAAAUGGAUUGGACUUCGUUCAAAGGUAUGACGUGGAGGAGCCGAAGGUUCUCCACGAGAUGGACAAUACGGUCACAAAGCUAGAACACGAUCCUGAUCAAUAUAAAACAAGCUACCAGAGUCUCACCGCGGAACAACAUGAUGGACAGACAGAAGAACGACUUACACAGAUGAAUAAAGAGGAGCUAGUUGAAGACAAGAAGGAAGAAGUGACGGUGGAGGCAACAGAAAAGAACGACGAAGAAACGGGUAAAAAUAACCCCGAUGUGAAACCAACGCUGUCCUAUAUUGCACUCAUAGCUAAGUCAAUCCUAGAAUCACCUCAGAAAAGACUGAAUCUUGGUUCCAUAUAUUCCUGGAUUGAGAAGAACUACCCGUAUUACCAAAACAAAGGUCAAGGUUGGAGGAACAGUGUCCGCCACAAUCUGUCCCUCAACGACUGUUUCAUCAAGGCAGGGAGGUGCGAGGAUGGCAAGGGCAACUACUGGGCCAUCCACCCUGCCAAUAUACAAGACUUCAUGCGGGGGGACUUCAGGCAGAGGAGGAGGUCCAGAAGAAGAGGGAGGAAGAAGGAGGGAGAGUUUGGGAUGUACCCCAUGACUAACGGUUACCUGGGUACCCCACCCGCCACCUUGAACCCAGGGAUGGGUUUCAACCACCCUGCAACCAUCCAGUCCAUAUACUCGCCCUACACAGAAGCUGAGAGACGCGCGUACAAACUAGACGAGGCAUUGUUGAGGCAGAGCAUGAACAAUCCCUUUAUGAGAUGGUACCACAAUGGUAACUACGGAGGGACGAACGGGACAUCUUGCAAUAGCGGCAUGUAUGGAACGGGAUCUGGGCAGUGGCAGGGCUACACUGACAACACUUCACAGUCCAUGUACCAGUCUUUCUCAAGAAGCUACUCAACACCCACUUUAGUAUAGGUGACCACGAGCAAGGUGGAUUCGAUCUCAGAACAACUGCCUUUGAUUUGAGAAAAGGACACGAGAUCUCGAGGAGCGAGUUUACGUCUGCUGUCGUGUGACGUCACGGGGUCGUCUGCUUCUCCUGCCCUAACAGACAUGGCGGCGCUUUUGAUAUACCCCGAUAAGACUAGGCACGUCGGGAAAGGUUGAGGUGAGACAUGGGGCCAGCUGAUUCAGAAAUGCCGAGUGGGGUCGCUUGAAUUCAUGUGAACCUUACAAGCAACAAAAAAGGGAUUUGUUGGUCAGACUGGGUUCGCUUGAAAGCGCCGUGUGUAAUUAGCAUCUGUCGACGAAUACUCCUGGAUGAAUCCCGUUGGAUGUUCGGCGUAGGCAGACAGUCAACUGGCCUCAGUCGAACAAGGUUAUUUAUCACUUGCACAGCGGUGGUUGUGAUUCGUGGGAACCCGGACAGUAUAUGUCGGCAUACUUCGGCAGCUAUCGAGCAGACUCUGGGGGCGGAAUGUUCACAUCGGACGGAGAUUGCUGGGUUUAUUUUUGCAGAUAGUUAUCAAAUAAUUGAGAGACUAUAGACUCCGAUGGGAGAUUAUGUAUGGCUGAAUCUGUCAGAUGGGUUGAGCUUUCCCCUGAUAUCUGAGUACACAGGAACACCUAGUCUAACACCAUGGUGGAUUUGUUUAACUAAUGUUUUAGUGCUAAUUAAUGAACCGAUCUGGACAAUGUUUGUUUGUUUGUUGUUUAACGCCGCACACAGCAAUGUUCCAGCUAUAUGGCGGCGGUCUGUAUGUAAUCGAGUCUGGACCAGACAAUCCAGUGAUUAACAUCAUGACC